AUGAACCCCGUAGCCAAGAUCAUCGCGUUACGCACCGAGACCCAGCUCCAGAUCUUCAACAUCGAGAGCCGCAAGAAGCUCAAGAGCCACCAAAUGACCGAAGCCGUCGUCUUCUGGCGCUGGAUCUCGGCCAACACCAUCGCAUUGGCCACACCCACCGCUGUGUUUCACUGGAGCAUCGAGGACGACCUAGCACCGACAAAACUGUUCUACCGUAGUGCGAAACUGGCAGCGGAGAUGCAGAUCGUCAGCUACCAGGCCUCAGUCGACAAGCAGUGGAUGCUAUUGGUGGGUACGAAAGAGGGUCAAGGAGGUCGUGCUCUUGGUAGCAUGCAGCUGUACUCUAUAGAGAAGAAACUGAGCCAAGUGCUGCAGGGCUACGCGGGUUCCUUCACGCAGAUGAAGCCACCAGGGAGACUAGACAACGCGCAGGUGCUGGUCUUCGCGGGUAUAAAGGCGGACGGCAGCCAGUUCAACUUCUUAAUGGGGUACCUCUUCCUGUUCGACGCGCACUCUGGUGAAUUAAUCUACCGCGCGUGCGUGAUGCAAGACACGCCGUUCGAAACCUGUCUCGACUCCAAGACCAAGGGCGUGUUAAGUAUCACGCGCCGUGGGCAGCUCCUGCAUUUCGGGAUCAACAGGGACAAGCUGGUCCCAUACGUGCUCAACUCGCUUCGUGACCCAAAACUAGCCUUGAGUCUAGCAUCGCGGAUGGAUCUUCCAGGCACAGAGGAGCUCUUUUACCCAGAGUUUAACCGCCUUGCUAGCAUCAACGACGUUCAAGGUGCAGCUCGACUCGCUGCUGCGUCCCCUAACGGCGCGCUUCGUACGGCUGAGACCAUUGAGAUCUUCAAGCAAAUGCCCGACCAACUGGACCAGUCCCAGCCUCUCCUCCAGUACUUCUCCAUUCUACUAGAGAAAAGCACGCUGAACAAGCUCGAGUCCAUUGAAUUAAAGUGGCUGGUGGAGGACAAGCUCGAGUAUUCGGAGGAGCUAGGCGACGUCAUUGCUGAGUUGGAUCCGAUGAUGGUUCUGCCGGUUUAUCUGCGUGCUGAGGUGCCCCCUAAGGUGAUCCACUGCUUCGUGCAGUGCGUACUGAAAGAGUCCAAACCGCAGGACCCACGCGCGCUCAUGCAGCUCUGCGACCGCUACGAUUUCGUGGAGGAGUUGACGCAGUACUUGCACGCGAACAACUUGAUGCAGUACAUUGACGUGUACUUCCGAACUGCUUCCGUGGGCGACUUGUGUGAGCAGGUGGAGAAGCGCAACCGCCUGCUUCUACUGCAGUCUUGGCUCGAGAAGAAGAAGAAGAAGGAUACGGCGGUAUACAGCGCUCUUGCGAAGAUUUACGUCGUGUUGGAUAAGGAGCCACAGCCGUUCUUGAUGAAGAACAAGCUCUACGACUCGAAGGUUGUGGGGAAGUUCUGCGAGAGUGCGGACCCGUUCCUAGCGUUCCUCGCAUACCGUCGCGGGUGGGGCGAAUGCGACGAUGAACUGAUUCGUGUGGCUAUGGAGAACGGAUUGUUCAAGGACUUGGGCCGAUACCUAGUGGAGCGUCAGGACCUUGAGCUGUGGGGUAAAGUUCUGAUGAAACAGGAGGAGGGCGAGGAAGAGCACCAAAGUAGACGUACCUUGAUCGACCAGGUUGUGCAUACAGCGCUCCCAGAGUCCACGAGAUCUGCCGAAGUGUCGACUACGGGCAUGCGCUCAUGA